AUGACACUCUCCUUUGAUCCCACCACAGCAAAGGAACGGGCAUUUAAUCGAUCAUUAAGGAAAAGGCGCGUGCUGAUCGAGCAAGUAUUUGGGCGAUGGAAGAGGUUUCACCUACUACACUCGGAAAUCAGGAUUAAACCAGAGAAAGUCUGCCUGUUGAUUGGUGCUUGUGCGAUCCUGCAGAAUAUUGCAAUAAUGUUCAAUGAACCAGAAGAAGAUGAGGAUAUUGAUCCACAGGAGCCUGAGUUUGAACUACAUGUUGGUCAUGACACAGGAAGGCAAAUCAGGGCACAUAUUACAAACAACCUUUUUUAG